GCUCCGUUUUGGGCAGGAAAUGGUCAAACCCGACCCGCCACGUCACUAAACCCAAUUGGAAUCGCCGAUUUCAGCCUUGCCGUGUCUCCCUCCGGAUUUCUCACCGUCGUAGCUUCCUACGGACAGAACGGGUGGAACGGCAAAAUGGAGGAACUCUCCACCGAUAUCUACGUCUUCCUGACUCGGGAUGGGACACAACGAGUCAAAAUCGUCGAACACGGCGGGUGGCCGAGUUGGGUCGACGAUUCGACCCUGUUCUUCCACAGAAAGAGCGAGGAAGAUGGAUGGAUCAGCGUUUACAAGGCGAUUCUACCGAAUUCGGGACCGAUCUCGACCGAUUCGGUGACCGUGACUCGAAUCACCCCGCCGGGAAUCCACGCGUUCACUCCGGCGACUUCCCCGGGCAACACCGAUUUCAUCGCCGUCGCCACGAGAAGACCCACCUCGAGCUACCGCCACAUAGAGCUCUUCGACCUCCGCGAGAACGAGUUCACCGAGUUGACCCGCUUCGUGUCCCCACAAACCCACCAUCUCAACCCGUUCCUCUCGCCUAGUUAA